AUGACGAUGAAGAUUCUCUUUAACUUGUUCCUUAUGCUUUACGCUGCAACGCCAAUCGUCUCACUCUCCGAGAAUCCAACCAACUUCAGUAAGACUAAUUGUGAAGAGGGAAGUGGAGAAACCGGUUCAGGCUUCGGUAUAGGGUUCGGUUUGGUUCUUGAUUUCGGUUUAUACCGGAGUACAUGCCCGGAAGCAGAGUCUAUCGUCUACUCGUGGGUCGAGACCGCAGUUUCACAGGAUCCAAGAAUGGCUGCUUCUCUUCUCCGUCUUCAUUUCCACGACUGUUUUGUCAAUGCAAAAGGAUUGGUCGGUGAAAAAACGGCGCCUCCAAAUCUUAACUCUCUUCGUGGAUUCGAAGUGAUAGAUUCGAUAAAGUCUGAUCUUGAAUCUGUAUGUCCAGAGACUGUCUCAUGCGCAGACAUUCUUGCCAUGGCCGCUAGAGAUUCAGUCGUUGUGUCCGGUGGACCAAACUGGGAAGUAGAAGUAGGAAGAAAAGACAGCAGAACCGCAAGCAAACAGGCAGCAACAACUAGCUUACCUUCACCAAACUCAACCGUACCUACUCUCAUCUCUACAUUCCAAAAUCUCGGCCUUUCCCAAACCGACAUGGUCGCUCUUUCCGGUGGACAUACAUUGGGAAAGGCACGGUGCACUUCGUUCACCGCUCGGUUGCAACCGCUGCAAACCGGACAACCGGCUAACCAUGGAGAGAACCUAGAGUUCCUGGAGUCGCUACAGCAGCUGUGCUCGACGGUGGACCCAGCUGCAGCUAUCACUCAGCUUGACUUGGUGACGCCGUCAACAUUUGACAACCAGUACUAUGUUAACCUCAUCUCCGGUGAAGGGUUGCUUCCGUCAGACCAAGCUUUGGCGGUUCAGGACCCAGGGACGAGGGCCAUUGUUGAGACCUACGCAGCGGAUCAGUCGGUUUUCUUCCAGGAUUUUAAGACGGCUAUGGUUAAGAUGGGUGCGAUAACCGGUGGUGGUAGUGAUGGCGAGAUUAGGAGGAAUUGUAGAGCGAUUAACUAA